AAUGCGUUUUCAGUUUUGAUGAGUGGUCACAAAGAACGAGAACAGUGGAAAGAUGCAGAGGCAGAUUUGAAGAGGGACGGCAAACGUUUUGCCGGUCGGAGACCCGCUCCAUUCUACAAGGUCAUGACAGGUAUGCCCGUAGCUGUCGACGCUUUCAGAUAUGGUGCAAUACCCAAAGUCACGGCUUAUCUCUUAACACAUGCUCACUCGGAUCAUUAUACCAAUCUAUCACGAUCAUGGAACCACGGACCGAUUUAUUGUUCAGAGACCACUGCUAAUUUGAUCAUACACAUGUUAGGGGUAGAACCAAAAUGGGUGCACGGCUUGCCUAAUGAUAUACCUUUUGAAAUGCCCAACACGGGCGGCGUUACCGUGACUCCCAUGGAGGCCAAUCACUGCCCUGGCUCUAGCAUCUUCCUUUUCGAAGGUCGUCAAACUGUCAACGCUGGUGAUUCGGGUUUUACGUCUCCUUACGUAGGAAGCAAAAGAGUGUUCCGAUAUCUUCACUGUGGGGAUUUCCGCGCAUGUCCAAAAAUGGUUCUUCACCCAGCUAUCGCCAAAGCUAAAAUUGACACUUGUUAUCUCGACACCACCUACCUCAACCCCAAAUAUUGUUUCCCUCCUCAACCUCUGGUCAUUGAAGCCUGUGCCACUCUCGCACGAAAGACCGUCCGCGCUGCGUUGCAAGAAGAGAAGAGUAAAGCUAUGAUGCAAAGCUGGUUGGUCAAGCGAGAAGAACCCGAAGGUUUGGAAGAGGUCAAAGAAGAGAAGACAAAAGGACGGACGUUGGUCGUCAUGGGUACUUAUUCCAUCGGAAAGGAGAGGAUUGUCAAAGCUGUAGCUAAAGCAUUGAGAACGACGAUAUAUUGUGAUCCGAGGAAGAAAGCGAUACUUCUCUGUCAGACAGACCCGGAACUUCAUUCUCUUCUCUCUACCGAUCCUGUAUCCUCCAUGGUCCACCUCCUUCCUCUAGGUAACAUUCAAUUGGACAGAUUACAAGAAUAUUUGACACGGUUACAUCCUCACUUCGAUCGUGUCCUUGGAUUUCGUCCGACGGGAUGGUCAUACUCCCCUCCGGCGGGAACAGACCUUUUGCCCGAUGUCAACACUGUCAUCCGGAGGGAUCAGAGUAGGGGUUUCACAGAUGCUGGUUUGAAACCUAUGAGAGGGUCAUGUAGACAGUAUAUGAUGUAUGGCGUGCCAUAUUCCGAACAUUCGAGUUUCUUCGAGCUCACCUGCUUUGCGUUAUCUCUUCCCGGACCAGAAUUGAAGAUGAUAGCUACUGUCAAUGUGGGGAAUGAGAAAAGUCGAGCGAAAAUGAAGAAAUGGUUUGAAAAGUGGUUAGCGGAAAAAGCCAGACGACGUGAAAAAGGUCUUCCGUCAAUUGUCGAUUACAGAGAUGAGACACAUGUGAGUUUCACCAUGAAAAGGUUUAUUUUCUGGUGCUGA